AUGGGUGUCGUUCAAUCAAAACGACGCACAAAGAAUCAUAAUCUUGAUCUAUCUUCGUCACCAACACGCCCUCAACAUGCCUCCUUGUUCACUGAAAGAUCAGCUUCCUAUACAGGGGAACCUACCAACGGCAAACGCAGCACCCACCACAGCACACUUCCUCGUCAUGCUAUUCGUUCCAUCUCUGAUGACGUCGUACUCGUUAAACGCAACAACACAUUAGCUGUACGCAAUAACAAAGCGCGACGUCAACUUCAACCUGAAGGCUAUGUUGGCGUUGAAUCCACCAGCCGCUUCUUGCCAGAAGAUUGGGAAGCCCAAGAUAGGGAUAUCUCUUUGCAUUUUGCGCUGAAACGGCUAUUGGAUGGCAACCUAUCGCCUAUUGCUAUGGAUCAUCUUCGAAACCGAGUUUGCAAUGUUGUUGACCUUGGAUGUGCCAAUGGUGCAUGGCUUAUGGAUAUGGCUACACAGUUCCCUGAUUGUAGCUUUGUUGGCAUUGAAUUCUCGGCACAAAGCACACUUGUCCCACAAAUGCUGACACUGCCCAAUGUUCGUACAGAGACUACCUUUGGUAAAUUGGAUCAACAUUUAUCAUUGGAAAGCGCUAGUGUCGAUUUGUGUCAUAUGCGUGCACAAGGCUUAGAAUUUGAUCAGCGAGAUUGGAUGCAUCUACUAAGCGAAGCUUAUCGGGUGCUCAAACCUGGGGGCCUCCUUCAAAUAGUAGACGGCCAUUUUGCCAUGAAAGGAACCGUAUUGAUCGAAUCCUUUUUUGACACUGUACGCACUCUCAUGCAAGAGCAAGAUCGUGAGUUUGAUAUUGCCCUCAAGUAUGAGCAGCUUUUAGAGCAAUCAGGAUUCCAAUUACUGGAGAAAAAAUGCAAAACCGUACAAUAUGCUGCCGAUGAAUCAUCGAGCGAAGAUUUUACCGUAGUCAGCCUACGUGCCCUUGAGAAUGCCCAAGAACUACUAUCAGAGCGCAUGGGGCUGGAUGAUGAAGAAUACCAACAACGCGUAGAGAUGGUGUGUGCACAAUGCGUUCAACGUGGUAGUGGGUUAGAUUGGUACGUUUAUGUUGCACGAAAGCCUUGGACGCGAUGA